AUGCUAUAUGUGGCGGGACUCGAGCAGGCACUCGUGGAAUCGGGAGUUGGCUUCGCGUUCCGACCCAUGAUUGGUGGGGUGGCGCAGACAUGGACGCUGCCCGGCUUGGUGUUCGCUGAUGAUCUAGUACUACUGGCUGAGCGCAGCAGUGAUCCUUCAGAGUUUUCAGGCGUGGAGACCAUUGAUGUGCAGCUUCCCGACGGAGGAAGCAUUCCGGUAUCAGAGAAGUACCGGUAUCUCGGUGUCAACCUUUGCACCUCCGCAGAUCUCUAUGACAAGCAAGAGGAGCACGUUCGACAGGCUUCGUGGAUCGCUGCUGUGAAGGAAGCACUUUCAAGCCUUCGAUUACCACUGUUCUCUGCUCAAAACAUUUUCUUGACAGUGACUACCAUCAGUUUAUCGCUAAUGCUUGCAAUGGGAUCUCCUGUGAAAUCUGCUCCACUGAGGCCUGGCGUGGUGCCGUCGACGUUCGUUUACGAACGGAACGAAUCGCAGGCACCGAGAGCAGCAUUCUCGAAGAGGCGAAAACAUGAGAUUCUUGGACAGUUGCUCUCUGGAGAUGCUAUCAUCGGGCACACGCCAAGACCAAGUCAUUGUAGCGAAAGAGAUCAUGAUGACUGUGCAGCAGAGCCAAUAUAUCAGGCAGCACUGGAUCUGGCUUGUGAGUCGGGACAAGCUGUAGACACAUCACUAGACUCAGCGUGUGAGCCGGGCCGUGGUGCAAAUAAAUCCGUUCAAGUGGGACUACCAACCCGCCACAAAGCAUCACAAGCAAUCGAAAAGAAAAUUCUGUCAUCAAUCGCUACACAAACAGAACCACGUGCUGUUUCUUCAGGCUCCUUGUCUUUUGCAUCCUUGGAGCAGUCUUCAUCACUGGCGUCUGUUCAAGGCCAACUUCAUUGCUGCCAGCAGUGCACAUAUGUGACCCUGGACAAGUUGACUAUGAACAGGCACCUUCGGAAACACAUGGGCGAGCCCCCCUUACAGUGCCAGUUGUGUCCAGCUGCAUUCACUGACAAGUCCAAGCUGCUGGCUCACGUGCGCACCCACACAGGAGAGCGCCCCUUCUCGUGUGUCCACUGCAAUGCGUCCUUUGCACAGAAAAACAGCCUCGUGAGACACAUCCGCAUGCACACAGGAGAGCGGCCCUUUUCCUGUGCCCACUGCAAUGCGUCCUUUGCGCAGAGAAAGAGCCUCGUGAGACACAUCUACAGCCACACAGGAGAGCGUCCAUUUUCCUGUGUCCACUGCGGUGCAUCCUUUGUGCAGAAAGACCGCCUCGUGAGACACAUCCGUAUCCACACAGGAGAGCGGCCCUUUUCCUGUGUUUACUGCAAUGCAUCCUUUUUGAUGAAAGUCAACUUUAUUGACCACAUGCGCUCUCACACAGGGGAGCGUCCCUUCACCUGUGUCCACUGCAAUGCGUCCUUUGGUCGGAAGACUAGCCUCGUAAGGCACAUCCGCAUACACACAGGAGAGCAUCCCUUCUCCUGUGUGCACUGCAACACAUCAUUUUCAAUGAAACGCACCCUUACUUACCAUAUGCGCACUCACACAGGAGAGCGUGCCUUCUCCUGUGCGCACUGUAAUGCAACCUUUAGUCGGAAGAACAGCCUCGUGAGACACAUCCGCAAGCACAUAGAAGGAGAAGGCGAGCCGAAGAUUGCACCC